AUGCUGUCCCGCGAGACCGUGGCCUUUCUGCUGGUGGUGCAUGCAGCCACCAUGCUGGCUUCCCAGACGGAAGCCUACAUUCCCAUCUUCACCUACGGCGAAGUCCAGAGGAUGCAGGCAAAGGAGCAGUACGAAGGGCAAAAGAAAUCCCUGAGUGUACCAGAGGAGGUGGGCCCACUGGACCCCGCAGAGCCCUCGGAGGAAGAAGAAAGGAAGUUACCAAGGCGACUGACUGCUCCCGUGGAAAUUGGCAUGAGGAUGAACUCCAGGCAGCUGGAAAAGUACUGGGCCACCCUGAAAGGUCUGCUGCGUGAGGUGUUGCUGUCCAGCCAGAACGACGAGAAGGACUGA